AUGGGUUCGUAUUUUUCCAUAAUCAUCCUUAUUUUAUCUUUUGCUAAUCUUCUAAUCCAUGCUUCAGAACAGGAAGUAAAAUUGGAAAAUCCUGCGGAUGUUGCUGUAAACGUCGCGGAUCCUCCACAGAACAAUGUACAAUUAGAAGGAAAUAUAAAAACUCCCGAAGAAGGAGCAUUACUACUAGGAGGAGAAGGGGAACAAACAGAAAAAGAACCCACGGAAGGAGAUGUAUCAUUAGAGGAGAAAGCAGAGAAGGAAGAAACUUUGGAACUAGGUGAAAUACCCAAAGAAGAAACUUUGGAACUAGGUGAAUUACCCAAAGAAGAAACUUUGGAACUAGGUGAAUUACCCAAAGAAGAAACUUUGGAACUAGGUGAAUUACCCAAAGAAGAAACUUUGGAACUAGUAAAGGAGGAAGUGAAAGAAGAAGUAAAGGAGGAAGUGAAAGAAGAAGUAAAGGAGGAAGUGAAAGAAGAAGUAAAGGAGGAAGUGAAAGAAGAAGUAAAGGAGGAAGUAAAAGAGGAAGUAAAGGAGGAAGUAAAGGAGAAAGUAAAGGAGAAAGUAAAGGAGAAAGUAAAGGAGGAAGUAAAGGAGAAAGUAAAGCAGGAAGUAAAAGAGAAAGUAAAGGAGGAAGUAAAAGAAGAAGUAAAGGAGGAAGUAAAGGAGAAAGUAAAGGAGGAAGUAAAGGAGAAAGUAAAGGAGGAAGUAAAAGAGGAAGUAGGAGCAAACGUAGUGUGUCCGUUGAAGCCCGAAGAUUUCGCAAUGGGGGGUUCGCAAUCUGAUAGUAUGGUCAGGCCCCUUCAGGUCUCAGAGGAAGAUUGGGCAAGAUUACAAAUGAACAUGAAUAAGGCAAGAGAAAAAUGGAUACAGGAGGUUAAUAAAGAGUGGUCUAACUGGAUUCAAUCAGUUGAAAAUAAAUGGACAGAGAAUAAUCAAAUUGCAAAAAAACCAGAGAACCCUCCAAACUUGAGAAAACAAGAAGGUACCAGCAGUAAAUGGAAAAAGUUCUUUAGAAUGUAA